UGGUAUUUACUAUCGUAGGAAAUAAAUAAACCUUUAUAUUCAGAAAUAUAUCUGAAAAUUAAGGAUUUCAAACUGUAAAAUAUUUCUACGAUUGCUUCAGUAUCAUAAUUUUUUAUAGAAGUUAUGGUCUAUUAAACUUGGUAUAUUUCUUGUAAUCGAGAAAUUUAUCCAAAGUAUAUAUUAUGACAGGUUAAGUAUUCUAACCUCUUAGGCGCAAGCGAAGCUGCAAUGUAUGCGCAGAAGUCUGUACCAAUUGAAAAGAAUUAGUAAAAACUAUUAAAUAUUGAAUACAAAGUACUUAAUAUUGCUUAAUAUUAUAAUAUCGUAAUAUUGUAAUAUCGUAUUAUGUUGUGAUCGUCCUGAGUCACAUUUUAUGGUGAAGAAAUGGGAAGCAUAGUAGGAGUACGUUUUUGUGCUAAUACUGUAUUAAAAAGUCACACAGUGAUGUUCUCAUUAAGAGUGAUGAGGAAUUAUUAUCGUCACUUUUCAUUAAACAAAGAAAUGUGUUACUCUAUGAGCCAGCAAAGAUGCCUGCAGGAUCUUUACUAUCACAAUAUCUCAAAUCGUUCACCAUAUAGUUGUACGAAGAUGGACAAUAGGAGACACUUUUCCGUGACUCGUAUAUUAGAAAAGGGCAAGGAUCGUGGGAAGGAUAAAAAGAAACAGAAGACGCAGCAUAUUGAUUUUAAUGAGAUGGAAGAAGUCAUUGAUGUUAGUAAACUAACAUCUCAAUUAGACAAGGCUAUUGAAAAUUUAAAGGAUAAUUUUGUUAAAUAUGUGUCAGUAAGAUCAAGUAUGGGCGCCCUGGAGGAGUUAGCUGUGAAGUUUGAAGGGAAAAAUUACACAUUGCAAGAACUUGCUCAGAUUAGUCGCAAGCCCAAACUCGUAGUGUUGAAUAUAUCUACUUUUCCACAAGCUAUCCCAGAUAUUCUCAAGAGUCUGUCAAAAAAUCAGAUGAACUUGAAUCCACAACAGGAUGGAACUACAGUUUAUAUCCCAAUUCCUAAAGUAACAAAGGAGCAUCGAGAAACGUUGUCCAAAAAUGCCAAGAGCUUUUACGUGAAAUGUUGUGAUAAUGUUAGAGAUGUACGCAGUCAAUACAUCAAAAAGCUCAAGCAGAAGGAAGGAUUAGCCAAAGACUUGGUGUUCAGGGUGGAAGGCUAUAUAGAUAUUCUCAGUCACCAAUACAAGAGUAAAGCUGAACAAAUGUUGGAAACCAAACAGAAAGAACUAUUGGGAGAAUCCGAAUAAAUCCCUGAAGUCGUAAUAAUUUGUAAUAUUCUGACGACUAGUCGCACAAAUAUAUAUAAAUGAUUCAUCAUCACUACUAAAUGGAAUGGAAUUUCUUCAUACCUGAUGGAAG